AUGGCCACCGAGCGCGACACGUCCUGCGCCGCUGCCGAAGACGGCCCGCCGUCCCCUUCCGCCAACCCGACCCCGGCCGAGCACGGCCAACUCCGACCGACCCGGCCGCGCGAGACCGCCUAAGUCCGCCCGCCGCCCAACUCGCUCCGCACCGCCGCCGCCUCGCCGCAGGGUAGACUUCCUUCUGGGGGGGGAUAGUGUCAGGAUCACAGCCUGCACUGCCAUCAAUACUCGAAGGAUUUUUUUUUUUUUUUUUACUGGGGCUCAUAAAUUGCAAUCCUUCGGGUUGGCUGGGACCGCUAGAAAAAGAGCUAAAAGAGGUUAUAAAGCAACGACGGCAAGCAAUUGGGUGAAAGUCAAACCCCUGCGCGCAAAGAGCGCUGCGCAGAUCAAAACUCGCCGAGCACCUAACGCGGACUCCAACGGGCGGUGA